GCCAUUGUACACCGAGUCUCACGAGCCUCAACAUUUCACGCAUGAAUUGGGCCUUUGAGGGUUGCGAGCUAUGCAUAAUGCACCAGACUCGCAUACCGGCUUGUACAAAAGGACCUUCGGAUUCGUGCUACUCUCCCCAUCUUCCCCAUCUCUGAGGAACUUUGGCCUACAUCUUUUUGCCUUUCCAAUUCCAUGUACCCAAAACUCGUCGCUCUUGAUACAGACUGGACCCUCUUUUGGGGUUGGCUCAACGUCAACGAAUGGGGUAAGGGCCCGGGCGCGUAUUCCCCUACCGAAGACAACAUCGAGAAGAGGAACUAUUGGGAAAUUCAGGAUCGAACUAAUCACAGCAGAGCCUGCGGCAUGUACGCUGAUGUGCCGAAGAUAAUACAGGAUAUCUUGAAGAACGGGGCAAAACUGGCCAUUGUCUCUCGGAAUACGAGCAAAGCCAUGUGUGACAGGGCCCUUUGGCACUGGACUGUCCAGGAUCAACAUGGGAAUGACAAGCGGCUCAUCGAGCUCGUUAAUUUUGACGAAGUGUACGAUGCCGAUAAAACGACCCACUUUCGUAAGAUCAAGGGCUGGACAAACUUUGACUACUCUGACAUGAUCCUCUUUGAUGAUGAGGCGAUCAACAACACCGUUGAGAUGAUGCUCGGCGUGACUUUCCAUGUUUCGCGAGAUCAAAAGGGCCUGACCUGGCAGAACUAUCGGGAGGGACUGGAUAUAUGGCAACGAACCAAAGCUAUCCACAGCCCAUGGCAUGGAACAACCUUGAACAGUUACCCCAAGAGAAAGCUCAUCGGAUUUUCGGGGAUGGACAUGGGAACUAUCCGACAACUUGAAGCUGGAGGGAGGCGAACCGAUAGGAAAGAAGCUGCGAGAUUGGGCUUUGCCAUUUAUGUCGCGGACGACCCUCGGGUGGCAAUUUGGUUUAAUAAGUGGAUCAAACGUUUCUUUCCCGGGGUUGAAACCGCCGUUUGUGCCAUCUACGCUCGAGAUGGGGAUAUAUGGACUCGAAUGAACAAGAUUUGGGUGCCUGACAGUCGCAACGAUCUCAAGCAAAACAGGGCGUCAGAUUUUGCGCUCGGCUGGAGCGAGGAGGAUCGAAACCGUCAAGUAAGGCGGUGGGAUGUGAAGAAGCCCUACGUCCUCUUCUGCCGGCAUCCGAACAUGGGGGACGACUUUCCUAUAGCCAACCCUCAGCGGUUUACCGAACUCGUGAUAUAUCCACAGGUUCAGGAGAACCUGAUCUUGGCGGUCCGCAUGUCAGCAAGUGAACUGAGGUCUGCGACCAAUGUUCAUUACGAAGGGAAGAUUCGCGAAUGGCGCAUCACGGUUCCUCAAGAAACCCGAAACGAGUUUGCGAGUUACGGUGAAAACAUCCGCUGAAGUGACCACGUAAGUACGGAAUGGUUGUGUACUAGUAUAGGCCAGUACAGUAUUCAUUUCCCCCCUUCAAUGGUCAUCUCAAACAACCCAUGGCC